ACUUCUUAGCCAAUCCGGACGGGCCCGAGAGUGGCAUGGCUGCCCCCAGCUUUGCGGUUCGGGGCACAGCUAAUACUGAGACGUAUCUCGGGGCUGUCUCCUGGGACCCGCGCUGGCCAUUAGGCUUUCCAGGUUCGAGGUAGUAGGCUGGGACUCCGAGGAGAAUGGAUCCUCCUUUGGAUGCGUGGGGCCUUUCCUCAUCUUUACUAUCAUUAUGGAUAAACAGGUUUUACAUUUACUGGGGCUUUGCCUUUGGCAUUAGCCUUUGGAUUUGUGUCCAGAUUGUCAUCAAGAAACAGGCCAAGAACUCACAGGUGAAAUCCAUUUCAAAAGCAAACCAGGAAUUGAUGACAAAUGGUUACAUUUCCCUUCAGAAGAGGGAAAUCUUUGUGUCUGGAGUGAAGAUUUUCUAUGGUUCCCAGACUGGUACUGCAAAGGGAUUUGCAACGAAUCUUGCUGAAGCAGUAACCUCCCUAGACUUGCCGGUGGAAGCUAUUAAUCUGAAAGAAUAUGAUCCAGAUGAUCACCUGGCAGAAGAGGUCACUAGUAAAACUGUCUGUGCUUUCCUGCUUGCUACAUAUACGGAUGGCCGGCCGCCUGAGAGCGCAGAGUGGUUCUGCAAGUGGUUAGAGGAGGCAGCCAGUGAUUUCCGGUUUGACAAAACUUACCUAAAGGGGAUGAGAUACGCGGUGUUCGGUCUGGGAAAUUCUGCCUAUUCAAACCACUUUAACAAGGUUGGCAAAAAUGUUGAUCGGUGGCUCUGGAAGCUCGGUGCUCAUCGCGUGCUGACGCGAGGGGAGGGCGACGGCAACGUGGCUAAAAGCAAACAUGGCAGCAUCGAAGCCGACUUCAGGGCAUGGAAGGCCAAGUUCAUCUCCCGGCUGCGUGCACUGUGUCAAGGAGAGAAGAGGUCCUGUGGUGGCAACUGCAAGAAAGGCAAAUGCGAGUCCAAACAGCGUGGCUCGGAGGAAGUGGAGCCAGGGCCUCACACUCAGGAUGAAGCGCACCACAGAGGCCCUGAGGAGGAAGAGCCCUGUGAGAGCACUAGUGAGGAAGAGUUUGGUCCUGAAGACCAUCAGGGCUUCAGUUCUGUUGUUGAUGUUGAGGAUCUUGGCAAAAUCAUGGAUCACGGGAAGAAAGAAAAGAGAGAAAAGGAGCAGCAGGAAGAGAAAACCAGUUUGUUCAGGAGCACAGGGAAAAAUGAAGGUGGUGGAAGAAGAGCUAUGAUAACUCCUGCUCUCCGAGAAGCCCUUACUAAACAAGGUUAUCAGCUGAUUGGGAGCCACUCUGGGGUGAAGCUCUGCAGGUGGACAAAGUCAAUGCUCCGAGGGAGAGGAGGUUGCUAUAAACAUACAUUUUAUGGCAUUGAAAGCCAUCGCUGCAUGGAAACCACCCCAAGUCUGGCGUGUGCAAAUAAGUGCGUCUUUUGCUGGCGGCACCACACCAAUCCUGUGGGCACUGAGUGGCAGUGGAAGAUGGACCAGCCUGAAAUGAUCUUAAAGGAAGCCAUCGAAAACCAUCAGAACAUGAUUAAACAGUUUAGAGGGGUGCCAGGUGUCAAAGCAGAGCGCUUUGAAGAAGGAAUGGAGGUGAAGCACUGUGCACUGUCCCUUGUGGGAGAGCCGAUAAUGUAUCCAGAAAUCAACAGCUUUCUAAAGCUUCUCCACCAGUGCAAAAUCUCCAGUUUCCUGGUCACAAAUGCACAGUUCCCCAUGGAAAUCCGAAACCUCAAGCCAGUUACUCAGCUGUAUGUCAGUGUGGAUGCUAGCACCAAAGAUAGCCUGAAGAAAAUUGAUCGCCCACUCUUUAAGGAUUUCUGGCAAAGAUUCCUUGACAGUUUAAAAGCCUUAGCAACAAAGCAACAACGAACAGUGUACAGACUGACGCUGGUGAAAGCCUGGAAUGUGGAUGAACUGCAGGCCUAUGCUGAGCUCGUGAGCCUGGGGAAUCCUGACUUCAUCGAAGUGAAGGGUGUCACCUACUGUGGAGCAAGUUCCGCAAGCAAUCUGACCAUGGCCAACGUGCCCUGGCACGAGGAAGUCGUCCGGUUUGUCCGCGAACUGGUGGAGCUGAUCCCUGACUAUGAUAUCGCCUGUGAACACGAACACUCCAACUGCCUCCUGAUUGCCCACAAGAAGUUUAAGAUUGACGGAGAAUGGUGGACGUGGAUCGACUACAACCGCUUCCAGGAGCUCAUCGAGGCAUAUGAAGAUAGUGAUGGGUCAGAAACUUUCAGCGCCCAGGAUUAUAUGGCAAAAACUCCAGAGUGGGCGUUGUUUGGUGCCAGCGAAAGAGGCUUUGAUCCCAAGGACACGAGAUACCAGAGAAAGAACAAACCAAAGGAUAUUUCCGGCUGUUGAGCUUAUCUUCAGGAUCUAAAGGAUAAAAGCCAGAUGGCCCACAAGGUUCUUGGGCUCCUAUGAUUUUUCCAAGGAUAAAUGAUAUUGUUUCCUGUAGUUGAGACAUGAGUUGCAUACCUGGGUAGGAGAGAUGGCUUCCACACCAUGGGUGCCCAAGACUCAUCUCUAGUAUUUCUUAGCCGAACUCAGCUUCUUCCCUGGUUUUGUUUCUCAGAGGGAAAUCAGCUUUUAGGAGGAAGUAGACAGUCACCACAAGGAUUUAACUAAUAGUUUUAAACUAUAUUUCUGGAAGACUUCCUGAAGCGCUAGUCACGAUUUGUUGUACAGGAAUGAACAGCUGAGCCUCUUCUCUUCCUCUUCCUCCUCCUGGGAUGUUGGCUUCUUGUGGAACAGCCACUGAGCACUGAAUUGGAGCACCCUUAGCUAAAUGUGCCUGCUCCCUCAAAGAGAAGAGCCCAACCCCUUCUUACAUCUUAAGACAACAGCCCUGGAAAAAAAUUUGUCUUCACAGUUUCCAGUUACUUUUCAGUACUGUGUCAAUGACUUGAAAUUUUUGCUUCUGACCCUUUUUUAUGAUAGUCACUCAGCUCUAAAACUGAGCUAGCUGGCAUCCGUUCCCGUGCAGAUCCCCUUAGAAGGUAAUACAGGGGCCGGAUCCCAGCACGCGGGCCCCUGUGCAGGAGGAGCUGCCACACUGUGGCACUGAGCAGUGAGCCUCAUGAACGCACUUGACGUGAGGGACCCGAGUGCUUUCCAUGGAAACAAUCGCUGUCCUGACCUCGUCCCAGGACACAGAACCCACAGCGGUCCACCUUCUUUCACUCCUGGAGCCCUCACUGCCCUAUACCAGCUUGCCUUUAGGAUUCCAGUCUUUUCUCAUUGAAAAUACUGUUGUCAAUCUUUUUUUUCCCCCCAAGUUGUCAAAGUUAUUUUGAAACUCCUUUAAAAUUGAGUUAAUAAAACAAUCUUUUGUAAAGAC